AUGGCAUCGGCAUGUUCCGGUGCACUAAUAACCUCCCUAUUUAUGACACCCCUAGAUGUAGUGAAAAUAAGAUUACAAGCACAACAAAAAGCUUUACUAUCAAAUAAAUGUUACUUAUAUUGCAAUGGUUUGAUGGAACACUUAUGUCCCUGUGGUGAAACUGCAUGGAUACCACGGAGGGUUCACUUUCACGGAACUAUAGACGCUUUUUAUAAAAUAGCAAAAAUAGAGGGAGUACCAGCACUAUGGUCAGGUUUAAGCCCUACUCUUGUUCUAGCUCUCCCCUGCACUGUUAUAUACUUUGUUUCGUAUGAACAACUUAGGUAUAGAAUGAAAACUAUUUACAACAAUAUGACUGGCAAUAUGAAUCAACCUAUGUGGGUUCCUAUGAUAGCUGGAGCUUCAGCGAGAAUCACAGCUGUUACAUUAUUCAGCCCAUUAGAAUUAAUCAGGACUAAGAUGCAAUCCAAAAAACUAACUUACUCAGAAAUUAGGUCAGCAUUACGUCAAGUAUUAAAAUAUGAAGGCUAUAAAGGAUUGUUCAGAGGCUUAGGAUCCACAUUAUUGAGAGAUGUACCAUUUUCAGGUAUAUAUUGGACAAUGUUUGAGUCAACAAAAAGGGUAUUUAAUAAACCAGAUUCUGAAAAGAAUUCAUUCAUUUUCAACUUUUUCUGUGGAUCUGUUGCAGGCAGUGUUGCAGCAUUUAUUACUUUGCCAUUUGAUGUUGUGAAAACGCACCAACAGAUUGAAUUGGGGGAAAAAGAAAUUUAUACAGAUGGGAAAGUACACCAAAGAGCAUCGAAUAUGAAAGCUAUAGCAAAAACAAUUUAUAAAAAUCAUGGCAUAAAAGGUUUAUUUACUGGUUUGUUACCUCGAAUAUUUAAAGUGGCGCCAGCUUGCGCCAUUAUGAUAGCGACUUUUGAAUAUGGAAAACAAUUCUUCCAAAAGUACAAUACACAAAAGUAUAAGGAGAAAAUGCAAAGGCAUCAAGAUAUAGUACUUUUGGGACAGACAAGUAAUAGUGAUUAUACUUCUAUG